AUGGACCCAUAUCAGGCGCAACUGCUGGACGGAGUCAUUGCAGAGGCCAACCGGUACAACGUUGACAAAUUGAAGGAAGUAUAUGUUGAGCAGCUAUCAGCAGGCACACGUCUCAUAAUCAAUACUGCUGUUGCAGAUAUUUGUCAUAUUUCCACAUUAAAAUCUGUCGUACCCAGCCCAGCUUUUUGGGAGGGCAACGAAAAGAUCAAAUGGAAGUUCGGAACCGGAACGAUCAAAGAUAGUGAGAACGGGCAGAAAAUGCAGACGUGGGGCGAAGGCCAGUGGGAAGUGCUCGAGGUUCCAUGUGGCACAACAGACUAUGUUAUGCGCCUCGCGAACGUCCCAGAAUCACCAGACUUUGUGCAGGUUGAUGCCGAAUCGCACGAUGCACGCAUUCUGACCGGGAUAGAUUUCACCAAGUUCAGUCCCAAACUGAUUCGAUGGGAAAGUCUUCAAUCAUGGAGAAGAAAGACACCUUGCUGGACAAACUAUAUAGUCAUGGCUAGGCCACCAUAA